GGUCUCUCAUGCAGGACAAGAUGGAACCUUCUGCACAGCUGGGUUUCAACCUGCAGCCCCUCCUGCAGCAGCUCAGCCAGGAUGAGCUGAGCCAGUUCAAAUCUCUGUUGAGGUCCCUUUCCCCACAAGAGGAGUUACAGCACAUCCCUGUGACAGAAGUAGAGGAGGGAGGGAAGCAACUGGCAGAAAUUCUCACCAACCGCUGCCCCAGCCGCUGGGUAGAGAUGGUGACCAUCCAGGUCUUUGACAAGAUGAACCAAACAGAUCUUUCUGAGAGAGCAAAGGACGAGCUCACAGAAUUCUUGUUCUUCUGCCUCAUCUUCAAAAGGAAUGACUGGCUGGCCAUUUUCUCACUCAGCAUCCUGGUCCUGGUUGAUAUCCUUUGGAGUCUUACUGGCUAUUUACGUCCUGAUGCCUUUGCAAAGGCUAUCUUUACAUCACUUACUCAAGUACAGGGAGAAGGUGCCCCAAACCCAGAAGCAGCAAAGGAAGUUUUGGAAGGAGAAAAGCCAGGUAAACGGGAUAAAUACAGAAGUGUUUUGAAAGAGAAGGUCCAGCAAAUCUGGAAGAACUUUUGGCCUGGAGCCAGUGAGAACAUUCACACAGUCACCCAAAGAUAUGAGACACAGAUUCCAUUCUGUAAUCCUAAAAUGCUCAGAGGGCCAUUUCCACACACGGUGGUGCUGCACGGUCUGGCAGGCGUAGGGAAGACCACUCUGGCCAAGAAGUGUAUGCUGGACUGGAUGCAGGACACCCUCACGAGACCCCCCCGUGUUGCUUUCUAUCUCAGCGGCAAGGUGCUCAGCCGCAAGGGGACUUGCUCCUUCGCAGAGCUGCUGGCGGAGAGCACCCCAGACCUGCAGCGCGCUCUUCCGCAGGUCCCGGCCCAGGUGCACAAGCUCCUGCUGGUCAUCGACACUUUCAAGGAGCUGCGCAUGUCCUGGGGCACGGGCACACAGGCACACGACUUGGGGGGUGACUGGAGGAUGCGGAGGCCUGCGCCGGUGUUCCUGGGCAGCCUACUGAAGAGAAACCUCUUCCCCAUGGCCACCCUGCGGGUCACCACCCAGCCCGAGGUCCUGAGGGAACUGUGGCUCCUGGUGGAGCAGCCGCUCUUGGUGGAGAUGGAGGGGCUCUCCGAGCACAACAGGAGGGCGUAUUUUUUACGACACUUCAGAGAGGAGGCUCAGGCCCUGUGUGCUUUCCAGCUGAUGAGAAGCAACACGGUGCUGUUCCGCAUGGGCGCAGUGCCCGCGGUGUGCUGGAUGGCGUGCACCUGCCUGAGGGUGCAGAUGGCCGAGGGCGCGGACCCCCGGCUCACCUGCUGGACCGCCACGUCUCUGCUGCUGCACUUCCUCUGCAGCGGGUUCACGCCCGUGCGGGGCCAAGGCCCAGGUCUGCGCCUCGUGGCUGCCCUGCAAGCCCUGUGCCUGCUGGCCGCCGAGGGCACAUGGGCGCAGACCUCGGCGUUCGAUGGACACGACCUGUGCAGACUGGGCAUGCAUGAGUCUGACCUGCACCCUUUCCUGCACCGGGGCAUCCUCCAGAAGGACAGAGACACGGGGCGGGGGGCCUGCUACCGCUUCAUCCACCUGAGCAUCCAGCACUUCCUGGCCGCUGCACUCUGUGUCCUGGGGAGCAAGGGUCGCCAAGAAAUGGGGAGCCCCAUCUGGCACGCUGGGGGUGUGCAGAGGCUGCUCUCCAAGGAAGAAGGCCUCAAGAAUCCCUACCUGUCCCCUGUCAGGUGCUUCCUGUUUGGCCUUGCCAAUGAAAAGAGGGCCAGGGAGCUGGGGACCACCUUUGGCUGCCCAGUGUCCACUCAGUUCAAGCGGGAGCUACUGGAAUGCACAGUGCAGUCCCCUGAACACAGACCCUUCUCCUCGGUGACAGACAUGAAGAAGACCUUGUGUUGUCUCUACGAAUCCCAGGAGGAGCAGCUUGUGAAGGAGGCCAUGGCCCAGGUCACAGAAGUGUCCCUGCAUUUGGAAGAUACCUCGGACCUGGUGCACGCAUUGUUCUGCCUCAAGGGUUGUGAAAACUUGCAGAAAAUGUGGCUGCGAGUAGAAAAGGGGGUGUUCCUGGAGAACGAUACUGUGUGGGGAUCAGAGGCUCAGGCUGAUAGGUUCCAGAAUGAUCAGUAUGUGCUUCCUUUCUGGAUGGAUCUUCUUUCCGUGUUUGACUCAAACAAGAGUCUGGUGUUUCUAGACAUCAGUCAGAGCUUCCUCAGUACCUCAUCCGUGAAGCUGCUUUGUGAAAAAAUAGACUCCGCUCCCCAUAAUCUUCAGAAAGUGGUCCUCAAAAAUACUUUCCCAGUGGACACCUAUCGAAACUUCUGUGUUGUUUUUUGUGGUCAUGAGACUCUCACGCAUCUGACCCUUCAAGGAAAUGACCAGAGUGAUAUGCUGCCCGUAUUAUGUGAGAUCCUGACACACCCACAGUGUAACCUACAAUACCUCAGGUUGGUGUCUUGUUUGGCUGCCCCCCAGCAGUGGGCCCAUCUCUCCUGCUCCCUCAGGAUCAGCCAGUCCCUCACGUGCCUGAACCUCACAGGAAUUGAGCUCCCGGAAGAGAGUGCCAAGUUGCUGUGAACGAGUCUAAGACACCCAAAGUGCUUCCUGCAGAGGCUGUCGCUGGAAGACUGUCACCUUACAGAAGCAUGUUGUAAGGAGCUGUCCUCUGCCUUGAUCGUCAACCAUAGGCUGACGCACCUAUGCUUGGCCAAGAAUGCCCUGGGAGACGGUGGGGUAAAGCUGCUGUGUGAAGGCUUGAGUUACCCGGACUGCCAGCUGCAGGGGCUGGUGCUUUGGUACUGUAGCAUAACCAGCAGCAGCUGCAAUUAUCUGUCAACACUUCUCCAGAAAAAUUCAAGCCUUACACACUUGGAUCUGGGGCUGAAUCACAUAGGAUUUACUGGACUCAAGUUUCUGUGUGAGGCUUUGAAGAAGCCAACCUGUAACCUCAAAUGUCUAUGGUUGUGGGGAUGUGCCAUCACCCCUUUCUGCUGUGAAGUCCUCUCCUCUUCCCUUGGAAACAAUCAGAGACUGGUCACUCUGGACCUGGGCCAGAAUUCCUUGGAGUAUAGCGGAGUAAAGAUGCUGUAUGACACCUUGAAACUUCAGCGCUCCUCCCUCCAGACACUCAGGUUGAAGAUAGAUAAAUCUGAUCCUCAAAUCCAGAAGCUGCUGAAAGAAAUCCAAGAACAUGACCCACAAUUGACCACCGAGAGUGAUAAUCAAGAUCCAACCACUAACCGACCUUCUUCACAUGACUUCAUUUUAUGAAUCCCCUGGAGCUAUUUAUUCCCCAGUAAAUUUUGGGAUCAUAAGGGUGAUGGUGAACUUCCUCUGAUCCUUCUCAGUGAUGUUAGAUGCUGAACCAGAUAUGACCAUAGCCUUGGUUGUGACUUUUGGUUUCCAUGAAACAUACACAGAUGGUUUACUCCUGUUAUGAAGAGAAUGCCUACAUCUUGAGUUUAUCAAGAGGAAUAAAGGUGUGAAAGCAUUCAUGAAGGAGGUUGUUUAAUGAAUUCUGACCAAACCUAGAAGAUCCUUCAUUUGGGGAGAACCUAACCCGGAAAGAAAAUGGGAACAGAAAUGUUUGUGAUCACGUUGAUCUGUUCACCCUGCCAGUCACUGCCCAGUUCUGGCAUUCCUUUGCCUCUGUGGAUAGCUGCCUGGUAGGUCUUCCUUGUAGAAUACUUCUCCUACCAAUCCUAUAAUAUAUUGUAGCUUUCUUAAGUGCUUCAGGGAAGUCCUUAAAUGAUCAUGUCCUUGCUCUGUUGAAUGGAUUCCAACCUUAUAGAAAAUAUGACUUCAUGGUAUCUACUUCAUGGUAUGUUCUUCCCUGUAGAGUUCUUAUUUUCUUGUGACAGAAUCCCAAAUGUUCUUAAGGCAACAACUCUUAAGAAUCACUUUCUUUUUAUUAAGGACUAUUUUUAAAAUUUUUCUUCCAAUCAUCCUACUUUCCCCUAUUUCUUCACUGGGGUCCAUUGGUUCAUGAUUCUCACCAAAUACACCACAAACCCAGACAUCCCAUUCAAACCUCUGUUUAAUGUGUUUAUGUGUCAUCAUCUCAGUGAUGUCCCUGCACACAGUGUGGGCUCCUGGAUUUUCCUACAAUUUUCCUUCUGUUUCUCCUAAGGCCUCUUGUUUAGCUGGAUAUAGGUCUUUCCUAGCAUCUUCAUUCUCGGGAUCUGAGGGGUGGUGCCUGCCUUCAGUGGGAGUAGGUGGGGUUGUUAAAAGAAGAAAUUUUUUAAAUUUUUUAA